GAGGACGCGUGCAGGAGGAGCUACAGGUGGAGGAGCAGUGAGGGAGGAAGAUAAUGAGGGCAGCAGGAGUCCAGAUGAGGAGGUGAAGGGAGGAGGACGGAGCACAACGUGGAGAUAUGAGAGUGCAGAGAUAAAACCAGAGGAACAAGAAGAAGGAGCAGACUACCUGCUGGAGAGGAGCCUCUAAAACCACAGAACCAAACCACUGGCAGACCGAUGAUGGUGAGAAAAGAGCACCUAAAACGAUCUGAUGGAGUAUGUCGAACCUCUGGGCCUGAAACUGACCUGAGUCCUCACUUGACCGCCGUACCAGCGAGAUGUUAAGUCCAGGACAAAACCUGCAGCUAAACUCUCCAUAAUGGAAAAUGUGACGCCCAGCGGCUCCCCAGGUGACACCAGCCUGAUGGACUACAACUACCUGGUCUUGGUGCUUGGCAUCGUCUUGAUCCUUGUCAUCAUCCUGGGGAACAUCCUGGUGUGUCUGAGCGUGCUCACCGAGCGCUCACUGAAGACCGCCACCAAUUACUUCAUCAUCAGCCUAGCGGUAGCUGACCUGCUGCUGGCUGUGCUCGUGCUGCCUCUCUACGUCUACUCGGAGUUCCUAGGAGGAAUCUGGACCCUGAGCACCUCCAUUUGUGAUGCUCUGAUGACCAUGGAUGUGAUGCUCUGCACCGCCUCCAUCCUAAACCUCUGUGCCAUCAGUGUGGAUCGGUAAGUCACCAUUACCUUCAUACAA